AUGGGUUUGGUUGUGGUCCUAUCCGGUGGGCAAUUGUCCCCGACCUUAAUAGCCAGAGAAGAAUGUGAACACUAUGCUGAAGAAGUGCAAAAACUAGCUUACAAAUUGUUGGAACUGAUAUCUCUGAGCUUAGACCUGCCGGCUAAUCGUUUGAGCGGAUUCUUCAAAGACCAAACUAGCUUCAUCCGGCUCAACCACUAUCCGCCUUGUCCCGUUCCUCACCUAGCUCUUGGGGUUGGCCGGCACAAGGAUGCUGGUGCCCUAACCAUCCUCGCUCAAGACGAUGUUGGAGGACUCGAAGUGAAGCGAAAAACAGAUGGAGAGUGGAUUCGGGUCAAACCUACUCAUGAUGCUUAUAUUAUCAAUGUUGGUGACAUUAUUCAGGUUUGGAGCAAUGAUAGGUAUGAAAGUGUGGAGCACAGGGCAGCAGUGAAUUGUAAGAAAGACAGGAUCUCCAUCCCAUUCUUCUUCAACCCCGCUCACUACACCAAUGUGAAACCCUUGGAAGAGCUAACAGAUGAUCAAAACCUUGCCAAGUAUAAGCCAUAUAACUGGGGGAGGUUUUUUGCAACCCGAAAACGCAGUAAUUUCCAGAAACUUAAUGUUGAAAAUAUUCAAAUCUCUCAUUUCAGGCUCUUAGAGAAAUCUGUUUAAAGAGGGAAGAAUCGUCUUUGUGCAAGCAUCAUCAAUAAGAGUGUCUUAACUUUGCCUUCUCGUAAAAUAUUAUCCUCUGUAUAAUUAUAAAAUAAUGGAUACUCCUAUAUAUAAGGAUGGAUAUUGAAAUAAAAGUUGUUUGUUGAUUUUCCUUCUUCUCUCC